AUGUCGCCGAACGAGCCCAUUGUUGUUGUUGGAAGUGCAUGCCGGUUUCCGGGCGGUGUUGAUAGCCCAGCAAAGCUAUGGGAACUCUUGAAAGAACCGAAAGAUUUGCAAUCUGAAGUUCCAAAGGAGAGAUUCAACAUCGACGCGUUUUACCAUACCGAUGGCUCUCACCAUGGCAGGACCAAUGCCCGUCACGGAUACUUUCUCGAUGAGACGCCGAGGGCUUUUGAUGCGUCGUUCUUCAACAUCCAAGCCGGCGAGGCAGAGAGCAUAGAUCCGCAGCAGCGUUUGCUCCUGGAAACCACCUACGAUGCUGUGGCCGCGGCUGGAUAUGGACUACACGACCUUCGCGGUUCUGAUACCGCGGUUUACGUCGGCUUGAUGACCCACGACUUUGAGCUCGUCAAAGUCAACGACAUAAGCUACAGCCCAACGUACUUCGCAACGGGUGCCGCUACAAGCAUUGCGUCAAAUCGUUUAUCAUACUUCUUUGAUUGGCAUGGUCCUAGUAUGACUAUUGAUACUGCAUGCAGUUCCUCUCUAGUUGCGGUGCAUCUUGCGGUGCAACAACUGAGGAGCGGAUCGAGCAAGACAGCUAUAGCAGCUGGCUCCAAUUUGAUCUUGUCUCCAAUGAAUUACAUCACGGAGAGCAAGCUGAACAUGCUUUCACCCACGGGCAGAUCCCGAAUGUGGGAUGCUGCAGCCGAUGGGUACGCGCGAGGUGAAGGUGUUGCCACUGUGGUCCUGAAGACGCUUAGCCAGGCACUGCUUGAUGGCGACUCCAUUGAGUGUGUCAUCCGUGAAACGGGCAUCAACCAAGACGGACGCACAACCGGCAUCACGAUGCCGAGCCAUGUUGCUCAAGAGACCCUUAUUCGCGAGACUUAUGCUCGGGCUGGUCUAGAUAUUGCGCAAGCUGAAAAUCGCUGCCAAUUCUUCGAAGCUCAUGGAACUGGAACGCCAGCAGGUGAUCCUCAGGAAGCUGAAGCAAUCUCGAAAGCUUUCUUUGGCAGCCAGGAUAGUUCAGACGGUGAGCGCUUGCUUGUAGGAAGUCUGAAGACCGUCAUUGGACACACCGAGGGCACUGCUGGUAUUGCCGGCUUGUUGAAGGCCUCACUUGCUGUACAGAACGGCGUCAUUCCUCCCAACUUGCUGUUCGAAAACCUCAGUCCCAAGGUUGCGCCCUUCUACAAGAACCUCUCUAUCACUAAAGAGGCUCAGCCGUGGCCAGAACUCAAGCCUGGUCAACCGCGGAGAGCAAGUGUAAACUCGUUCGGUUUCGGUGGCACCAACGCCCACGCUAUAAUUGAGGAGUACAAGACCUCGGCUUCGAGCACGGGAAUCACGUCGAAGCCAGAGUCUCAGAUCACUUCAGCUGCAUAUGCCUUGCCUCUUGUGCUUUCUGCCAAGUCAGAGCGUUCGCUAAAGAGCCUGAUGAAGCAGACUGCUCAGUUCAUCAAGUCUCACUGUUAG